AUGGCCGAGCCUCAGCAAAGACCCUCUGAAGGCGAGAUGUAUCAGCCCAUUGGGAACGUAUGGUGCAAUGACGGCCGCGAGAUUGCCCUUCUUCACUGGAUCUUCAAGCACCCAAAACUCGAAGAAAUGCGAGGCCACCCAGAGAAGGUGCUGGAUGCCAUUGACGAGUACGGCAAAGCCGAAAAGUACCUCAUGAACGUUGGCAAGUACAAGUCCAAGACGGUCAUUGACAUCAUCAACACGGUCAAGCCCGCGGCCAUGGUCGAGCUCGGCGGCUACGUCGGCUACUCGGCGAUUGCGUUUGGCGCCGCCGCCCGGGCCGCCGGGGGCCAGCGGUACUACAGCCUGGAGCAGAAUCCCGAGUUCGGCGCCAUUGCCACGCUGCUCGUCGACUUGGCUGGGCUCGGCGACUUUGUCAAGAUCGUGAUUGAGUCGAGCGGCGACGCUCUCAAGCGACUGCAUAAAACCAAGACGCUUGAGCACAUUGAUCUUCUCUUCAUUGACCAUACAAAGCCCUUGUACACGCCCGACCUGAAAGUGGCUGAAGAGCUUGGUCUCGUCAAGCCCGGAUCAGUGUGUGUAGCGGAUAAUGUCGUGAUACCGGGCAAUCCCGUCUACCUCGAGUACGUUCGAAGCACGGUGGAGCAGAAGAGAGAGCGUUAUAAUGCUGCAACAGAAGGACCAAAGGGAAAUCCGGACCUUGUAUAUGAGAACCAGUUCAUCGAGGGCUGGGAGCCUAGUGGACUAGCUGACGCUCUCGAAGUCUCAAGAUGUGUCAAGGUCAGUAGCUAG